CUUGACAACCCUGUUUUAGAGCUGGCAACGCUGUGCAAAAUACAACCAGACGCUGCUUUUUACGUGCGGCAAAACGAAAAAUAGCCGAAAAUUGGCAAAAAUAGACAGAGCAAGCGCAAUUCUGUGGCACGAAAGCGUCUGAUAGGCGAACAGCGUGGAGCGAAGUUGAGCCCUUUGGCAAUUAAACGCGCGCAAACUAGCCGAACUGCGCCACCAUGGCCGAGUAUUUGGCCUCCAUUUUUGGCACAGAAAAGGACAAAGUCAACUGCUCGUUUUACUUUAAGAUUGGCGCCUGCCGCCACGGCGAUCGGUGCUCUCGGAUCCACAACAAACCGACCUUCUCGCAGACGGUACUGCUCCAAAAUCUGUACGUCAACCCGCAGAAUUCGGCCAAGUCUGCGGAUGGAUCGCAUUUGGUGGCCAAUGUCUCCGAUGAGGAGAUGCAGGAGCAUUAUGACAACUUCUUCGAGGAUGUGUUCGUCGAGUGCGAAGACAAAUAUGGCGAAAUUGAGGAGAUGAAUGUUUGCGAUAAUUUGGGUGACCACCUCGUGGGCAAUGUGUACAUCAAGUUCCGGAACGAGGCUGAUGCAGAGAAGGCAGCGAAUGAUUUGAACAACCGCUGGUUCGGCGGCAGACCAGUAUAUUCCGAGUUGUCGCCCGUCACCGAUUUCCGCGAGGCAUGCUGCCGGCAGUACGAGAUGGGCGAGUGCACCCGGUCUGGCUUUUGCAACUUUAUGCACCUGAAGCCUAUCUCUCGGGAGCUGCGGCGGUAUUUGUAUUCCCGCCGUCGCCGCGCCCGAUCGCGUUCUCGCUCCCCCCGCUCGCGCCGUUCCCGCAGCAGAUCGCGCUCUCCUUGGCGGCGACGUGAUGGUCGAGGAGAUGGAGUUGGUGGCGGAAACUACGGAGGUGGAAAUGAUCGUGGCAACGAUCGUGACCGUCGCAAGGGUGGCGGCGGCGGCGGUGGU